AUGUCUCUCGUUUCCGGCGAGAAGUCGAACUUCCAGUUCAUCUUGCGUCUCCUCAACACCAACGUCGAUGGCAAGGAAAAGGUCAUGUACGCCUUGACGCGGAUCAAGGGUGUCGGUCGCCGCUACAGCAACUUGGUCUGCAAGAAGGCCGACGUGGACCUCAACAAGCGCGCCGGCGAACUCACCUCGGAAGAACUCGAGCGCAUCGUCACCAUCAUCCAGAACCCAACGCAGUACAAGAUCCCCUCCUGGUUCCUCAACCGCCAGCGCGACAUCGUGGACGGCAAGGACAGCCAGGUGCUCGCCAACGGCGUGGACAGCAAGCUGCGCGACGACUUGGAGCGGCUGAAGAAGAUCCGCGCGCAUCGUGGUCUGCGGCACUACUGGGGCUUGCGGGUGCGUGGGCAGCACAGCAAGACGACGGGCAGGCGGGGUCGGACUGUUGGUGUGUCGAAGAAGAAGUAG